CACUGAGCGCGUGUUUUUUUUGCGCAAAACGCUUCGUUUCGAGAAUUAAUUCUAGCUAAGCAGCCCAAAUCAGCAUGUCCAAGCGUCGAAUCGAAGUGGGGGAGACCUACGGCAGCAAGGCGAAGAAGGACUCGGAGGCGUCCUCCUCCUCGUCGGCGGCGGCAGCGGCGGCCGGCACUGUGGCCCAAAUCCUGGGCGGAUUCGUGCCGAACAAGCAGCCGCCCACGAUGAACCCGCUGACCAACAAGCCGUACUCGCAGCGCUACCAGAAUCUCUACAAGAAGCGCAUCGCGCUGCCCGUGUUCGAGUACCAGGCGGACUUCAUGCGGCUGCUCAGCCAGCACCAGUGCAUCGUGCUGGUGGGCGAGACGGGUUCGGGCAAGACUACGCAGAUUCCGCAGUGGUGCGUCGACUUCGCGGUGUCCAAGGGACGCAAGGGCGUCUCCUGCACCCAGCCACGUCGAGUGGCCGCCAUGUCCGUGGCCCAGCGCGUCUCCGAGGAGAUGGACGUGAACCUGGGCGAGGAGGUCGGCUACUCCAUCCGUUUCGAGGACUGCUCCUCGGCCAAGACGCUGCUGAAGUAUAUGACCGACGGUAUGCUGCUGCGCGAGGCCAUGUCCGAUCCCAUGCUGGAGCAGUACCAGGUCAUCCUGCUCGACGAGGCCCACGAGCGCACGCUGGCCACCGACAUACUGAUGGGCGUGCUCAAGGAGGUCAUCCGGCAGCGCAACGACCUCAAGCUGGUGGUCAUGUCGGCCACAUUGGACGCCGGCAAGUUCCAGCAGUACUUCGACAACGCUCCGCUCAUGAACGUUCCGGGUCGCACGCAUCCCGUGGAGAUCUUCUACACGCCGGAGCCCGAGAGGGACUACCUGGAGGCCGCCAUUCGCACGGUCAUCCAGAUUCACAUGUGCGAGGAAAUUGAGGGUGACAUUCUUAUGUUCCUCACGGGCCAAGAGGAAAUCGAGGAGGCCUGCAAGCGUAUCAAGCGCGAGAUCGACAAUCUUGGCUCGGAGAUCGGCGAGCUGAAGUGCAUUCCCCUUUACUCCACGCUGCCUCCGAAUUUGCAGCAGCGCAUUUUCGAGGCUGCACCGCCGCCAAAUGCCAAUGGCGCCAUUGGACGCAAGGUGGUGGUGUCCACCAACAUCGCCGAGACCUCGCUCACCAUUGACGGCGUGGUGUUCGUGAUCGAUCCGGGCUUCGCCAAGCAGAAGGUGUACAAUCCUCGCAUCCGAGUGGAGAGUCUGCUUGUGUCGCCCAUCUCGAAGGCUUCAGCCCAGCAGCGAGCCGGUCGUGCCGGUCGUACGCGUCCAGGAAAGUGUUUCCGCCUGUACACGGAGAAGGCUUUUAAGAACGAGAUGCAGGACAACACCUAUCCCGAGAUCCUGCGCUCCAACUUGGGCACUGUGGUCCUUCAGCUCAAGAAACUAGGCAUCGAUGAUCUGGUGCACUUUGACUUUAUGGAUCCCCCUGCUCCAGAGACUUUAAUGCGUGCCCUGGAGCUGCUCAACUAUCUGGCCGCCCUGGAUGACGACGGCAAUCUGACUGACCUGGGCGCCGUCAUGUCCGAGUUCCCCUUGGAUCCGCAGCUGGCGAAGAUGCUGAUCGCCAGCUGCCAGCACAACUGCUCCAACGAGAUACUUUCCAUAACGGCCAUGUUGUCGGUGCCGCAAUGCUUUGUGCGUCCCAACGAGGCCAAGAAAGCAGCCGACGAGGCCAAGAUGCGAUUCGCCCACAUUGACGGGGACCACCUGACCUUGCUGAAUGUCUAUCACGCCUUCAAGCAGAGCAGUGAGGAUCCCAACUGGUGCUACGAGAACUUCAUCAACUUCCGCUCGCUAAAGAGCGCGGACAAUGUGCGCCAGCAGCUGGCCAGGAUUAUGGACCGCUUCAACUUGCGUCGCACGAGCACCGAGUUCACCUCGAAGGACUACUAUGUGAACAUACGCAAGGCCCUCGUGCAGGGCUUCUUCAUGCAGGUGGCCCAUCUGGAGCGCACCGGACACUAUCUAACCAUCAAGGACAACCAGAACGUGCAGCUGCAUCCGUCAACAUGUCUGGACCACAAGCCCGACUGGGUAAUCUACAAUGAGUUUGUGCUGACCACAAAGAACUACAUCCGCACAGUGACGGAUGUGAAGCCUGAAUGGUUGUUCACAUUGGCGCCUCAAUAUUACGACCUGAACAACUUCCCGCAGUGCGAGGCGAAACGACAGCUGGAGUUGCUGCAGCAGCGAAUGGAGACCAAGCAGUACCAGAAGGGUUUCUAAAUCCCCCAUUUCUGGCUAGGUGUAAUAUUGGGAGGGGAUCAUGGAUAUGGAUGUGGGAAUUUUAAAAGGUUCAGAGAUAAACCGUUUCGCUUUUUAUUGUUUGCUAAAUUAAAACCUAAGCACAUAGACACCUUUAACAGAUCAUUAAUAUCCAAGAACUCCGUUUAGUGAAUAGUGUUAAUAAAAGAAGCCACUUUUUGUAUAUCUAA